AUGAUGAUACAAGGAAGGACAUCAAAUAUGAGGGUAUCGGCGGUAGAUGCAACGGAGGGAUGUCAAAAUUGCGGGAAAAAGGGGCACGACUCGAAGGAUGAAAGGGGGAAUAUUAGAAAACUCGCAGAGAUAAAGAAGAAUACAGCGGAAUGUUAUUCAUGUGGUAGACCGGGCCAUUUUGCGAGAGAGUGUAGGAAUAAUAACAGAUCAGGGCGAAGGACGCAGGGAGGUUGUGAUAGUUGCGGUCAAAAGGGUUAUUGGGCUAGGGAAUGCCCAAGAAAAAAUCGUCAGGGACGAGAGAAUUUUACGAAAAAUAGAAUACAGAGAACAACACCCCCAGGAGGAGGGGGUGAUAUAAAUAUGGCCAUGGGUCACCAUAGAAGCGAGGAUAUGGGGAAAAAUGCAGAUAGGGAAAGGGGGCGAAAUACGGAAGCUAUUUUCAAUCAAUUGUCUCCAUUUUCGAGGGAGUUCCAACCCAGGAAGCAAGAGGAUAACAUACAUAGGGGUAUUAAUACUAUCAGAAUAGCAAAUCCGGACCCAGCAAGGGUAGGUCACAAGGAUGGUGAUAGGUCGGCGAACCUAGAGUCACUGUUGGGAAUCCCGAUGAGGGAAGAUGAGAAUGGAAAGGGAAACAAGAAGAAUAGCGGUGAAAGGGAAGCAGCUUGGAAACUGCGAGAAGAAAGGUCUUCGAUGGUUAAAGCAGAAGUUGCGGAGGGGAAUUCUGGAGAAUUCAGGUGUUCGGAAUGA